AUGGAGCAAUUAAAAGCAUUGACAAAAGGGCGCGCCAGACUCAAGGCCAAUAUCACACGGAGCUUGGCUUGGGCUGAGGACGAGCAAAAUUCGAACGCCACACGGGCAGAGGUGUCUUCGCGGCUGAAGCAUCUCGACACAACAUGGAAAGAAUUCAAUAGAUUUGGUGAUGAAAUAGCUAUGCUCGACGAAGUAGAUGGCUAUGUGGAUUCGGAGCGACAACAGAUUCUACGAGGAAAAAUAUCUAAGGGCAGAUGCAUUACUUUCGGCGAUGAGUGGCCAGCCUUCAAAGACAUAUAUGAGAGCACAAUUCACAACAAGGCGAAUUUGACAAAUACGCACAAAUUUCAUCAUUUGAAAUCUCUUCUGAUCGACGAGGCUGCGAAUCUGGUACGACAUUUGGCUAUUGCGGAUUCAGCUUACAACACUGCGUGGGAGCGACUUAAUGAAAGAUAUAAUCGUCCACGGCACAUCGUGAAUUCACUAUUGGAGCAGUUUAUGAAGCUGCCAACAACAACAAGGUCGGAUACAACAACAUUACGGAAGGUGUCAGACGGCGCCAAUGAAAUAGUGCGUGGUUUGGAUGCCAUAGAGGAAACAGGACGAGAUUGUUGGAUCAUCUACUUGACGCUGGAGAAGCUGGAUGCAGAUACUCGACGCAGGUGGAUCGAGCGCAGUGUGGAGACAGACUCACCCACACUGGAGGAAUUCUUCAAAUUUUUGGAUGCACGUUGCGAGGAACUAAAGCAAGCGUGA